AAAGCUUAGCCUACUACAGCAAACUGCUACAGAGCCUGAGGAGACCCACCUCCACGAGGAAGUGUAUUUAUACUUAUUAUAUUAUAUGUAGAUCUACAGAGAUAUAUAUUUAACAAAAUAUCUCCUCACUAACCAUUAGCUCCAUUAUUUUUCCUCAUAAGUAGAUUCUGUUAAGUUCUGUUAAACAUGUAAACCUACUCUCGACAUGCUCUGGUGCCACAGGGAGAACCUUGAGAAUGGACCUGUACCUGUAGAUAUACUGUAUAUUUGUAUUAAUAGAAAGUAGACUGUAGGAAUUUAUGUAUGGUUGGUGGAAAACACAAGAUCAGAGGAGCUUUAAUUUGCUCAAGGAAGUAAAUAUUUCAUGGUGAGGAGAAGUACAGUUCAUCUACUGACGAGGUGACCCAACUGCAAACAUGGACCCUGCAGCUAAAGAUGGAGCUGCAAUGGGGGUCGUGGGGGAUCUCAACAAGUCGGAUACCCUCAACUCGACGGGAUCGGCCGGGGGCCGUAAGAGGACUGGAGGGGCCAAAAAGCAAAUGCAAGCCAAUAAGUCCAAAUUGCGAGCCCCAAGAGCACUGUGCUGCCUCACCCUCAGUAACCCCAUCCGUAUGGCCGCCCUUGCCCUAGUUGAAUGGAAAUAUCCUUCAUGCAGUGCUGCAAAUUUCAAUCCAUGUCUAAGCCAAAAGGUUUAAAAUAUGUGCUUUAAAAGGAUAAAAAAACAACAUGGAGAAAGUGGGACUAAUUUACCUGUACUAGCUUUAAAAGUGUGUAAAACAUUAAUUUGCAGAAGAUACGCAAUAGAAUUGACAAGUAGUCUCUCUUUCCUAGUUCUGUCCUGUUUUUAAAUGUCAGCAAUAUUUUAUCUUAGUGUAGCUUGU